AUGGCGAACGGUGCACGGAAAAGAGUCGUAACCUCCAAGCCUUCCCGCAACGGCUGUCGCACAUGCAGGAUUCGCAGGGUCAAAUGCGACGAAGGUCGUCCAGUCUGCCACAAGUGCUCAUCCACCGGGCGGACCUGCGAUGGCUAUGAGGUCAGCUAUGCACCGAGAUGUGCACCACGGCGUGCAAUCCUGCCAGCAAGAUCAUCUUCAAGCUUGUCACCUAUCGGUGGGAGUCCAUCGAUGUGGAUCAACUUACCAUCUGAUCUGAGUGAUGUAGAACGCCAUGGGUAUCAGUUCUUCCUCAUCAACACUGCGCCGGUGAUGCAGCUAACCAUGCCGGUGCCGCAAUGGGUCUUGACUGUGAUACUUGCUUUGCAAGUUGGACCCGCCGAACCAGCAGUCUUUUACGCAAGUGCUGCUCUGGGCACUAUGCAGCGAGCCAUACCAGCUCUUAUGCAUACUUCAUUCCUUCGGCCUCUCGAUGCCGACCUACAUGAGCUUGCCACGAGGCAAUAUGUCAAGGCAAUGUCGUCACUCCGAACCUUGAUUCGAAACGCAGACACUGAUACUUCUGCCACACGGCUGGUGCUGAUAGUGUGCAUGCUUUGUACAAGCUUUGAGGUAUUUCGCAGCAGGCACUCGGCCGCUAUGGACCACACUCGCCGUGGGUGUAGGAUCGCCAUCGAGCAAGGUGAUGCUCUUGGCGCGCAGGGGGACAUUUGGCGCAUGGCAGCAGUCACCAACCUGCUCAAGGUCAGCGCGGUGGCAACGGCGACGGGAGCAAUGCCUGACGGACAGAAAGAAGACCACGACUCGCAGUGCUGCUCAGAGUACAGAGUAAUGCCGUCGACGAAUUUCGAGACAGUUGAUGAAGCUGCACGAUCUCUGCAUGCUCUAUCCCGAAUGAGCGAGCACCUGAGAUCGGAACUGCUUGAGCUAGCACGUUCUCGACUCAGGUCUGUUCCCAGUGUCUGCGGAUUGAGUCAAGGAGCACAAUACUGCUUGGCGACGUGCCUGAGUCGUACCAUCCCCAUCAGCAACAACCAGUCUCUGCGACUUACUCAACUCAACAAAGCGCACGCACGGUGGCUAUCAUCCUAUGAUGAGAUCACGGCGGAUGGCUUGGUCGAAGGCACAAGGCUCCAUCCGCUUUUGCCCAUCAAGCAUUUCUUCUCCAGUUUUACCCUCUCGCAGUGUCGCAACACCGUGGAAGAAUGCACCGACUUUGGCGACAUUCUCGACUUGAUUGAACAAUACACAGCCAUGACAAACGAGGAACCAACAGGAUUUCCCCCAGGCCCUACUAUGCCUUACGCCGAACGGAUCGACAGCUUCUCCAUGGGCGCGAACGUCUUGCCUGCGCUCGAUCUUAUAUGCUACAAGUGUCGAGAGCCCACCAUCAGACCCCGAGCCUUGACCCUCAUGUUCAACAUUCGCAGACGCGAAGGCCUCGACCACAGCGAGACACUCGGCAUCCACGCUCUGGUCACGGCUGAGAUCGAGAAAGAUCGAGCUCUUCGUCUAACAGGCUCUCACGCGGAUAUUUCGGCAGACGCACGAUUCUGCGAUGUCGUUCAUGCAGGCAGUGAGACGUUGGGCGUGUACCAUGUCUUUUGCGCGCGAUAUGUGGCUGAUGGAUCCGGGGAGAUUGAGGUCGAGGAGUAUGGGGCUGGGGCUGUUCCGCUGCGGUUGCUCGCAGUCUUGAACAUGGACAGAUCGCUUUGUGUCAGGAGCAAGCAGGUCUUACACGCGGAGCUACUCUGUGGUGGCAAAGGUGUGAUUGCGUACGUCAACGACACGUUCGGCGUACACCCUCACAACGAACAGAGGGCGAGGCUAGUGAGGGAUCGGCAUCAAGUGUGUCAGGUCGACUUCAAGACUUGA